ACCACCACCACCACCACCUGUUGAGUGGUGAAGCUCUUAGACGUUUUAUCGGCUAACAUGCUCUUUCAGCUUGGCUAGCACACACAGCACACUCGCUACGGUAAUUUUGUUUUACUGUAGAAUUUGUAAUCGCAAUCGUGGCCAGAAGCUUUGCGGCCGCUCAUUUCAAGUCGCUGCAGUCAGUUGUUUAACACAUUUAGUGCCCGGUUGACAUUCCGCGAGCAUAGCUGUCGUGAGCUUAUCAGAAAGGCAGGCAGACAGGCAGGCAAGCAGGCGCUUUUUAUACUCGGUCGGGAAUUUUUGCGGUUCAAUAUACCUGUAUUAUUAGCGGCCAUAAUAUAACGAUUAUAAAUCAAUUUAUUUUCGCGUUUCAAAUGAUUUUUAUUUGCUGCGACUUAAAAGCGUUUAUUAUUCAGCUUUAAAUACAUACACACGCAUAUGUGUGAAUGUAUGUACUCAUAAACAGUACUAACUUAAACAAAAACAAAAGAAAAUAGCGUUAAAAUAACCCUAAACAAAACAAAAAGUACAACAGUGAAAACCUCAGCGAUCACCAUGCCACAAAGAUCUACAAAUUGGAGUUUCACUCGAAAUGGAUUUACGAAUCGAAAGCCGCAGCGCCAUCUGCCGACUUUACCAGAUUGUAUGCUGCCAGCUGAUAACGAUUACAGCAACAAAGGCAAAAGCAGCUGGCUACGUCAAAAGAUGGAAACCGAAAAGGAGGAAGCUCGAAAUUUGCAGGUGGAAUUUGAAUGGGUGCUGCGCGAGGAGGUGCAUGCGAUAUUAAAACAAUUAAAGAAGAUAUUGGUCGAGUGUGCUCAUCGCUUUCCUGUGCCGCUGUAUGCCAAUGAGGGUAAAAAGACUGAAAAAUACAUAAUGAAAGUAGCGCCAGAAAAACUUAGUGCCAUUGUGACUCUUACGGGUGAUAGCAUUACUCAUGCAGAUAUAAGCUUUAAGCUUGCGCGGCCACCGCAUCAUCAGCAGAAAACGUGUAUUAACCAAGACACGCCAUGGAAGUUGCAACAAGUGCAGGACGCAGCAAAUCAUCUACAGCAAGCAAUUAACCACAUUGAUGAUGUAGAUGCUACUUACCAUUUCAAAACAUCUGACGAAGUUAUGAAUGUUGUAGGCAACAUACUAGAGGCAUUGCAACGUGCCCGCACCAGUUUGGUGAUACCCAAAAAGAAGCCUAUCGCCGAUCUGAUUAAAAGUCGCAAUAUGAAAGCGCUUGCUCCCAACCUCUCCGAAGACUUAGCCGUCAGCUUUUACCUUCAAAGUCACAAAUUGAUAAUGGCUGUUUAUCAAUUAAUUACUGUACAAGGUACAAUGCACUUUGACUCAUGCCAAGCGGAGACAACCGUGCAAUGGUUAAACGAUGUAAUGCCAAUGCUUUGCGCCGGUCUGAAACUCUGCCAACAACUUAAAGACAAGAUAUCUGUGUUCUCGGUGUAUAAGGAUUUUACUGUCGAGUCCCGUCCACCAUCGGCGCUUUUCUAUUGACACUCACUAAUGUCAAAUUGAAAGUUUCAAAUAUGAUAACAGAAAAAAUAUGCAAAACAUUGAUAGGAUUUAGCGCUUAAUUUCAAAAUUGCAAAAAGUUUGUCAAUGUA